AUGAUAACAGACUAUUUGUUGCCUGAAAUUGAAGCCCGUGAUCUUGAUGACAUUUGGUUUCAACAAGAUGGUGCUACAUGCCAUACAGCUCUUGAAACCCUGGCUUUAUUACGAGAACAAUUCGGUGAACAAUUGAUUUCACGAUUCAGACCGAUUAGUUGGCCAGCUAGAUCAUGCGAUAUCACACCUCUCGACUUUUUUCUUUAAGGCUACGUGAAGUCCAAAGUCUACAUAACCAAGCCGACUACGAUAGAUGAAUUUGAAGCCAACAUCAAACACGUCAUAGGCCAAAUACCAGUCGAAAUGCUUGGACGGGUCAUUGAAAAUUGGAACUUCCGAAUGGAUCGUGUUAGGUGCAGUUACGGCCAACAUUUAAAAGAUAUAAUACUUAAAAAAUAA